AUGAAAUGCAUUCGGUCGCCUCCAGAUGAAAAUGAUCAUACGACAAAGCCGUGCCAACGAUGUCAGCGCGCCAACCGUGUGUGCAAGAUUCCAGAACCGAAAAAGCUUGGGAGAAGGCGAGGUGCCACAGGUCGAUAUCACGGCAUUGAAAAGGCCUAUCGGAAAAUACAAUCAGAGUUGAAAAAGACGAGAAGCUCUCGUACAGACGAGGCUAUCCAAAAUAUGGCCAAUUUCGCCGCAAGCGAAGAGCUAACCUUGGAUUUUAUCCCCAACGACCUGGUCGGGACAACUGAACCUACGCAUGAAUCUUCCGAGAACGCGGAAGAAAGAUUCUAUACCCCAGAAUUUGGUUCGGACGCUCAAGAUGUCCAUGUUGAUCAAAGGCCGGAAAACGCGAUCUCGCAGCCCGGCCACGAGCCCGUUAGCAAUCCCUUGGCCUUGUUAGCAGAUGCUUCAGGUGCCCUCGAGCCCUUGGAGCCAACCCCAGUAUCUUUCAUCACUUCGUCGAGCUUUCAUGACGUGCCUUCAACGACAAGCAGACCGACCAGCGCCUCGAAUAGACCAAGUCUGAGCCGAGAAGUCCUUCACCGACCUGGCUACGUGUCCCUCGGCUUAACUUUGAAUAAAACUACACUAGAGGCAGGAAUAGAUGCUCUCAUACAUAAUGCCGAGUGCCCAGAAACUUACUCAAACUACUUCAAAACGCCCUCACAGUUACCUAGGCGUGAUAUUGGCCCCGACGUCGACCCUGUGGACCUUGGCCUGGUGACCAUGGAUGAGGCCAAUUUUCUCUUUCCAAUGGCGCUGAUCAAGUCUAGAUAUUUCAACCGCCUCCACCCAGUCAAUGGCAUCCUAGACCCGAUGCUUCACACGCCGAGCUUUGUCCGUCCCCGAUCGGCUCUUUUGUUCACUUGGAUAUUAGCACUGACUGCUCAAUUCGAUCACGUAUCGGCAUCACUUGCCAAAAGAUUACGUUUGCACGGAGAGAAACUAUCGCGCCACGUUCAUACCUCUGGUUUCAAGUCCGUUGAAAUUGUCCAGGGCUACUAUAUUUCCUUACUGUCGGCCAAUCCCGCAGAAACCCUAGCAGAGGAACGCACAUGGUUAUACACAAUGUACGCUGUUGGACUAGCAGCGGAGUUGGGUCUUGAUCAAAAUUAUCGUGGCAAAGAUGGACCUCUGAACUCUACCCACCCCUCAGACGAUUGCACUUACGAUGGACGCGUGGCACGAAACCGAGAGAGAACAUGGCUGAGAAUUCUUCUAUGGGAACGAGCGAAUAGUGCUGCGUGUGGUAAAACACCAGUCUUUCCGGAAACAAACUUGACAAAACGCAUCGACAGUUGGUGGCUACACCCCUUGGCAGAUCCCACGGAUAAGCACACAUGUGCAUUCAUUAGCCUGCGAAGAAUCUUGGCAUCGCUCCAAAAUGAUCUUCGAAAUCGGGCUCCUUCGCACCAUGCCGACUCUCACUGGGUACGUGAAAUGGUGGACAAAGCUUUAAGGCCAUGGUGCGAACUUUGGAUGUCGCACACAUCACACAAUCUCAUGAACUCGCCCUCCGAAAGAUUGUCCGGUAUUUUCUUGCGCUAUGUUUACUUGCACGGGAAAUUAUGGACGUUAUCAUUUGCACUCCAUGGGUCGAUAAACAGGGAUCAGCACCUCGAUGCAAUUCGAACGGAUUGUUUCGAAGCCGCGAUCAAUGCUUGCGAGAUCGCCGUGCGUGAUUUGGAUACUAUCGGGGAGCCACUAUAUUGCAUGUUAGCUCCCACUUGGGCCAUGAUUGCUUACGCGGCCGUAUUAGCUCUCAAGCUAUUCCCUGCUUUGUAUGGCCACCGCGCGGGAAGCGACGUGGAAUUGCUUGCUCUUCUCAGCCAAGUUGCCAUUCAGUUGAAGCGGGCAGGCACAACUCCUUCGCACAGAUUUGGGAUUGCAGCAUUACUUGGACAGCAUCUCAUGGUAAUUUUGAGGUCGAAGGCAGUGGGACUCGCAAGCCCAAUCGAUUCUAGUCAGGUCACAUCGAAUACAGGUUAUGCUGACACGCGCAUUGAUGGCGGAACUGAGUCAUUUUCGCAGCGGUCACCCUUUGCUGAAACGCAUGCUUCUCUCAUCUCCGACUAUGACCCCUUCUUGACGACAGCUGCAUUGUCCACAGAGGGAAGCCUGACCGGUGAGGGCUUCGCGGAAUUCUUCCGAGAGACGUUCGGCCCUGGAUUUGGGGGUGUAUUCUGA